AUGUGCUUGGCCCUCAAUAUUUCAGAGCUAGCCUUUGCUGGUAAGAACAUGGUGGCAGCCGGAGAUUUUGCUCAGCUUCCACCUUCUACCUCGGGCUACUCGUUGUAUAGUCACACCGUUGGUACACUGCUCCACAAAACCAAUUCUGUCCACUUGCAGCGCACUGCUAUGGGAAAAGCACUAUGGCAUACAUUUACAACAGUCGUGAUCCUUACUCAGAAUAUGCGACAACAGGGAGCAAGUGACGACGAUAUUCGUUUCAGACAGAUAUUGAAUGAUCUGAGAUAUUUUGCAUGUACUACUGAGCAGGUAGAUUGGAUGAAUGCCAGAGCUGCAGGUCGGGCUCCGAGUCAGCCGCACAUCUACGACAAAAAUGUACGGCAUGUAUCGAUUAUCACUGCGUGGAAUGCUGCUCGGGACAAGAUGAACGAAUUAGGAGCCCCUUCAUUCGCGAGGGAUACUGGUCAAGCACUCCAUACGUUCCAUUCUCUCGAUCGCUGGUCUAGUGCUGCACCAGAUAAAGCCAACCCAUCCAAGCGCAAACGAAUAUCCAGCGCAGAUGUUAUUCGAGAUUCAGACGAAGUAGGCAUGGCAAUGCAAAAGGUAUUGUGGGAUGUAUAUCCGGCACGCACAGACCACCAUCCGGGUAAACUAGCGCUAUGCAUAGGCAUGCCUGUGUUAAUCAAACACAAUGAAGCGACAGAGGCAGGUGUCACUAACGGCGCAGAAGGUCACGUUAUUGGAUGGCUGGCACAUUCAUUUGGUGACGGUAAAGAAACACUUGACACACUGUUUGUGAAACUGAAGCUAAGUGCAACAGUGGUCAAAGUCGACGGCUUACCAGAUAAUAUCGUCCCUGUCUGCGCGUACGUAAAAUCUAUCGAAGUGCAGCUCCCAGACGAUUCAAAAGUAAGGAUAUCACGCACCCAAGUACCCGUAGUAUUGAACUUCGGUAUGACCGAUUAUGGCAGUCAAGGUCGAAGUAGAGAAUACAACCCAAUUGAUCCCGCUGAAUGUAGAAAUCAUCAAUCAUUAUACACUUGCCUGUCCCGUGGAACAUCGUGGAGCAGCACAAUCCUUGUGAGGCCUGUUCCGGUAGCAGUUGCAAAGGGACGCAUUUCAGAGCAGCUUCGGAAA